GUUGAUUCUUUUCCUCGCGGUAUAAUCUUAAAUCCCGCCUCUCAGCGUUCGCGUCCGGGUCGCACAGAUCGCGUGUUUCCGAAGAACAUGUGAGAUUCAGCUCCACGCACUAUUUACACCUAUCUACGCAACGUUUUAUAGCUGGAAUUCAUUAGAGCCGUUACAUUUGGGUGGAAUGGCGUCUACGGAUGAAGAUUUUCCCCGAGGGGGACAGAGAAGAAAACAACCGAAUCCAAAAGUGUUAAGGAACAUGAAGUGGACAAUCUUUUCCAAACGCCUGAAAAGAAGGGUAAAAAGAGGAAAAAUGUCGCACAGCAGAAUGAACAGAAAGCGACCAAGCAACAGAAAGUGGAGAGGGGGGAUUUAAAACUGAAUGCUACCACUGCUGUGGAAAUUCUACACCUUCGGAAUCUGAGUGUUGGCACACUGAUGCUGGGUUGUGUGAAGCAAGUAACGGACUUUGAGGCGGUUGUUGGUUUUCCCAGCGGUCUUGUCGGUUACCUUCAAAUCUGCAACAUUUGCGACGCCUAUUCCAGUAUCCUUAUGGACAAUCUGGAGUCUGAAGACCAAUUAAAGGAAGUCGUCCCUCUCGCACAGCUGCUUACUCCUGGAACGCUGAUCAGAUGCGUUGUGCUGUCUCUCGACUCGGUUAAAGAGGGUCUUAUAAGCCUUAAAGUGUCCGUCAACCCUAAAGAUGUUAACAAGGUGUUAAAUUCAGGUUCUUUGAAACCUGGAAUGACGCUGAGUGGUUGUGUGGAGAGUGUGGAAGAUCACGGCUUCCUGGUUGACAUCGGCAUCAGUGGCACUAAAGCUUUCCUGCCCAAACAAAGCACAUCCUCAAAAAAAGAUAUGAAUGUGGGUCAGUACGUGACGAUCCUGCUAGAGGAAGUCAAGAACGACGGACGUGUGGUGCGUCUGUCCCAGGAUCCCCAGGCUCUUAGAAAGGCCUUUGCAGUCGCUCAGCAAGGAUGGACUCUAGACACUCUCCUGCCGGGACUUCUGAUCCAGGGAAAGAUCAAGAGGGUCACUCCUCAUGGGCUUAUCGUGACGUACCUUUCAUCUUUUACUGGCGUGGUUGAUUUUCUGCACCUUGAUGAGGACAAAGCAUCUACCUACAGUGCAGGAGAUGAAGUCGUGGCGCGGGUUCUGUAUGUGGAUCCGUCCACGAGGCAUGUGGGCCUGUCCCUGCGUGGACAUCUCCUGCCACCAAGCGGCGCUGUGCUGGAUAUCGCCUCGAGCGAGCGGAUCAGCGAGGUGGUGGAGGGCUGCAAGAUGACUGCUUUGCACCAUCAGUCUGGAGCUUUGAUGAAGAUGCCUGACGGGACCGCAGCCUUUGUGCAUAAAAACCUCUUGAAGGAGGCCAGUGAAGAAUUCAACCCAAACCGCUUGCUUACCCAGCCUGAGCACACUCUGAGAAUCAUAGACUACAGUCCUGUGGAGCAAAUGCACAUAGGGACACUGCGCAGGAGCACUGUCGAAGUAGAGUUUUUCAGAUAUCAAGACAUCAAAGUGGGGCAAAUUCUUGAGGGUACAGUUACGUAUUUGCAGAAAUACGGUGCUUAUGUGAGGAUAACGGACCACAUCAGAGGAUUUAUACCCAAUAUUCACCUGGCCGAUGUCGUCCUAAAGAACCCAGAGAAGUUGUUCACUAGUGGACGGCAGGUCAAGUGCAGGGUGCUGUCAGUAGACGCUCAGCAGAAGAAGUUGUGCCUGACCAGAAAGAAGGCCCUUGUCGAGUCUACGCUUCCUCUCUUCCUGUCCUACGCUGAUGCCAAGGUGGGCCGCAUCUCCCACGGCUACAUCGUUUCUGUGAAGGACUUUGGCUGCAUCGUUCGUUUCUAUGGAGAUGUGAAGGGUCUGGUUCCUAUGCAAGAGCUGUCUAAAGAUUUUGUGACUAAUCCAGAAGAGCUCUUCUUCGUUGGCCAGGUUGUCCAGGCCAAAGUCUUGACGUGUACUGAAGAAAAGAACUUGCUACGUUUAUCCUUCAGGGCCAUUAAUGAGGGAGACAUAAAUGAGGUGCAGACUGCCGAUUUUCAGUUUGAGGUUGGAAAGACGGUUGAAGUCAAAGUGUACCGCAAAGUCCUGGAUGGUCUGGAGGUGUCCAUUGUUCCUGAGGAGGUGCCAGCUUUCAUACCCACAGUGCACCUCUCUGACCAUGUGACCAACUGCCUUCCCAUGUGGACGGUGCUGGAGGAGGGUGACACUUUCUCUGUGACGUGUCUCAGCAAGACCAAGAAGGGCAUUAUUCUCACUAGGAAACCCCUGCUGAAGGCCUCUCUGGAGGACGGCAGCAUGCCCAAAAUCUUCUCUGAGCUCCAGGUGGGGCUGAAUAUGGUCGGCUGGGUGAAGAGCAUCAUGGAUUAUGGACUCUUCAUCCAUUUCCCCUAUGGACUCUUCGGCCUCGCUCCUAAAUCUGUCAUGUGUGACGAGUUCAUCACGGACACCUCGAACAUCUUUAACAUCGGCCAGACGGUUGUUGCCAAAGUCACUAAUUUGGACCAUGAGAACCACAGGUUUCUGGUCAGUCUGAAGGUCUCAGAAUUAAGUCUCUUAGAGGAAGGGUCCCAGGCCAGACUGGUCCAGGGUCUGAAGGAGAGGAAGGCCAUCUUUGAUAUCAGAAGCGAUUCUGAGCUCUCAGGUUUUUCACUUGGAGAUAAACUGAAGGUGACGGUGGGAGAGAGCAAAGAGGAUGGCACGGUCACGCUGACCUCGGAUAAGCUCAGCGAAGCCAGUGUAUUGGUUUCAAAGUACCACACAGAAGGUGUGAAUGUGAGUCCAGGCUGCAAGCUCACUGCACUGGUUCUCCAUGUUGACCUUUUCAAGUCCGAGGUCCAUGUGACUCUGCUUCCAGAGCUGACCGGAGCGACAAAGAAAAAGUUGGAAAAAGGCUCCAAACUGUCUGCCACUAUCCAGUUCACCGACAAAGACUUUGCUGUCGUCUCAUUGGGCGACACCGGUCACCUGACCAUCAUUUCCACUCACCUUCACAUAAAUGACGUCUUAAAUUCAAAGAAGUUUAUUGUGGGUUCCUCUCUGGAUGUGACCGUGGAGGAGCCCAGCUGUGAGGCGUUGGGAGGACUUCCUCUUGCCGAGUAUCAGAAAGAGAACGAGCGGAAGGGCAGAUCUACGAGCACAGGUGUUAGGGAAUUGAUGACAGUGAAGGUAAAGAAGGUGAAGCCCAUGGAAGUGACUGUGACGCUGCCGUCCGGGACCACAGGAAGUGUCCAUGUAUCUCAGAUCAGUGAGUCGCCUGCAGUCGGCAGCUUCCCAACAUCGACCCUGAAGAUCGGGAGCGAGGUCAAAGCCAGAGUGAUUGGAGCACGCUCAGUUCACACUCGCAAGUUCCUGCCAUUCUCUCAUCCCGACUUUAGUGUUUCUAUCCCUGUACUCUCUCUACUGCCCAGCAUAACCGGUUCUAAAGGAAGAAAUGUGAAAAUUGAGAAAUUAAACUUCAAACCUGGAGAUGACGUUAUAUGCUUUGCAUCAAAGUUCGACAAAGAAUUACAAUGCUUAGAUGUUCAUGUGAAGCCCAACGUCAUGGGAACUGUCGAUCUGUUGUCCAUGAUUAAGAAACCAAGCCAUGCUCAACACCCGCACACGCUUUUUAAAGUGGGACAGACCAUUUCUGCAAAGGUUGUUCGUCUUGGUACCAGCAAGCCCUUUCGUCUUUCUUUGUCACUCAUAGGGACAUACAAGCUGGAGCCAGGGAUGAUCACCAUGGCGAAGAUUUGGAAAAUUGUGCCUCACAUGGGAAUGUUUCUCCAACUACCAUUCGGGAAUAGGGGUUUGGUCAGUGUAACGGAUCUCUCUGAUGAGUUCACAGCAAACCCGCUAGAGCCCUACAAGCUGGGCCAACUAGUCCGGUGCUACAUUAUUGAGAUGAAAGGCGUAUACUUCAAUGCUUCGCUGCGUCCUUCCAGAUUGUACAGAGACCACAAUAAGAAUAUUACAGAUCCAGAAAUUCAGUCAAUUUUGGAUGUAAAGAGUGGCCAGAUUGUCCGGGGUUAUGUGACAUCUUUUGUGAAUGUAGGCAUCUUCGUGAGGCUAUCAAGGGCUGUCACAGGAAGAGUUGUUUUACGGAAAGCUACAAAAUACUUUGUGGAGAAUGAAAAACCGCUUUCCGAAAACAUUCCUGUGAAUUUUUUGGUGACAGCCAAGGUUCUCAGUGUGAACACCAAGGACGAGCACGUGAAGCUUUCGCUGCUGACAAAGGACACUGGUGAACCAGAUAUCCUCCCAGAAUCCCUCGAGCUUCCACUGCGUCAGAUAAGAGAGCGAGAGCUGAAGAAAGAGCAGGCGCAAAAAGGUGACGAGAAAGCCACCAAGAGGAAGCAGGUUAAUUCCGAUAGCCAGCAACAAGACGAUGAGACAGAUGGACAGACGAUUAAAAAGAAAAAAGUUACACAGGAAAAGCAAGAACAUGAUGAGGAAGCCCCUGACAUGAAGCAGGUUAAUCCUGGGAGCCAGCAACAAGACGAUGAGACAGAUGGACAGACGAUUAAAAAGAAAAAGGUCCCACAGAAAAAGCAAGAACAUGACGAGGAAGCCACCAACAUGAAGCAGGUUAAUCCUGGGAGCCAGCAACAAGACAAUGAGACAAAUGGACAGACAAUUAAAAAGAAAAAGGUCCCACAGAAAAAGCAAGAACAUGACGAGGAAGCCCCCAAGAAUUCCGAUAGCCAGCAACAAGACGAUGAGACAGAUGGACAGACGAUUAAAAAGAAAAAAGUUAAACAGAAAAAGCAAGAACAUGACGAGGAAGCCCCCGACAUGAAGCAGGUUAAUCCUGGGAGCCAGCAACAAGAGAAUGAGACAGAUGGACAGACGAUUAAAAAGAAAAAAAACACAGAAAAGAAGGAAACAUUAAAAAGAAAACUAAAACGGAGGAUAAUGACAGUGGUGUAGAAGUGUUCUUCAGAGAGGAGGACAAAAAGCAGUUGUGUAAAAAUCAAGAACAAGUAAAGGGUAAGCAGAAGGCAGUGGAACCAGAACGGCUGCAGGUUUCUUUUGGCUUCCCAUGGGAAUCCACACUGUGCUCGUUAACACCUGUAGCCGCUGUAGACGACACCCAUGAUUCCAGUGAGGAUGAGCAGGAAGUGAACAAGGCGGUGAAAAAGACCCGUAAAGAGCUGAAGCAGGAGGAGCAGAACGCGGAGCAGCAGCUCAGCAAGCUGGAGGCGGAGCUCAUGGACACCUCCACGCGUCCAGACAGCACCGUGGCGUUUGAGCGCCUGCUCCUGUCAUCCCCAAACAGCUCCCUCAUCUGGCUGCAGUACAUGGCUUUCCACCUGCAGGCCACGCAGAUCGAGCAGGCGCGCGCCGUCGGCUAGAAAGCCC